UUUUUAUUCUAUAUGAUUGGAGCAGUAUUAAAAAUGAUUACAGUGAUUUUUAAUGAUUCAGUUAAUAAAGAGUGUGAGUAGACACAAGAAAUGUUUACAAUUUGCUUGACUAACAUUAUUGACAAAUACAGAAAUUUUUAACUCGCACAGUGCACUUGUAGUUAUGAUAUAUUUUAACAGAACAAUAUUUUAAAUCAUUAGACAUGGUUAAAAUCGUUCAUUUUUUCUAUACUUACUUAUUUUACUUGAACGCAAAACUGUCAUUGGCGUCGAAUGUAUCGAUAUCGUCAACCAUAGAUGUGUUGCCUGAUGGAUGUCAAAGUCUUCUGCAAUCAUUUGCUAAUGAGACAGCAAGGUUCACACUGUGUGUAGUUACUAAUGCUCGGCCAAUCACUGUAUGUGAAAAAUGCGUGAACGAGUUCAAUCAAGUAUUUAAGAGAUAUGAAGAAAUUCAAAAGUUACACAACAAUGAUAGCGAGGUAGACUGUCGAGCAGUAUUGACUAAUAUUGAUCGGUUACAAGUCGUCUACGCAAGCUAUAACUAUGUGUUGGACAUGUGGGAAAAAGCGUCAUGCAAACUGUGUUUAAAUGGUACUGUUUUCAAUGACAAGACAAAAGGAGUAAUGAUACGAGGUGAUAAUUUAGAUGAGUGUAUAUCAAAACACAUAAAUGACACACAACUUUCAAACUCAUCACUUUGUGCUGAUUGCAAACAAUACUACAUUAAUUUAACUAAUUACUACAAUAAACACAAAAAUGAUAAUACUUUUUGUAUGGACGUUGUUGAUUUGAUUAACACCACACAAAGUGAUUGGAGUUUAAAGUUUAAAUGUCACGUAUCCAACUAUGGUUCAGAAUGGGUUUUACUUGUCAUUUCAUCUAUUAUACUAUUAAUCCCAAUUUUAUUUUAUUUUAUCAAUUGGCUUAUAUCUCAAGAAAGAUCUAAUGUAUUAUUAUCACAAAACCGUUGGCAUGAAAGAUUUACUAAUAAUGCAGCAUCGACUUCUGGUUACGUCGUCAUAUCCUAAGUUAGUUUUUGUGUCUAUAAAACUCAGUACUUUAAAAAUGUAUUGCAUUGUGACUCAAGUAUGUUAUAAGCUGGUAAUAUUAUUUGUUUGUUCAAGUAAUUACAAUAAUUAAGUUAGUUCAUCAUAUUUAGUGUCAACUGUGAUAUUUGUUAAUUAUGAGACAUAAAAAUAAAAAAUUACUACAAUUA